UGAGUCAAUCUGAUUAUUUCCAGGGAGUUGUGCAAAUUAAAAGUUUGGAUUAAAAAUAAUGAAAAGAUCAGCUAACAUUUAACAAUAUGUUUGAUUAGAGAUUGUAUUUGAUAAAUUUUAUGUAGUGUUUAGACUAAAAAAAUAUCAGUCUUUCUCUUCAACAUUGACUUCUAAAAGAUAUUUUUAAUUUACUUUUUAAAUAAUUUUUAACUAUGUCUUAUGUUCACUUUUGUAAAAUAUUUGCAUUAUGAAAAAUCAGGUAAAAUGUUAACAAAAGUAAAAUUUAGAGCAGGUUUACAAAAUAUGUACAUUAUACUUUUUGUAUCGCUUAUGUCUACACCAGUAUUUCCUUUAUUUUUUUCUUUUUACUUAUUGGAAGAAUCAGAAGAAUCAUUAUCAUGUGAUGCAGUUUAAAGUGAUGAUUUGGUUUUUGCUACAAACCUACAAACCAGCAAUAAUUAAAUGAUCGAAUCUAUUACCAUGGAGUGGAAACCGGCAUAUAUUAUAUAUUAUGACAUCCGCCUCAUCCCCCCACAAGUUAAGCUGAAAAGUUUAAAGUUAAUGAAACCAUAAUCUCUGAUGUACUAUUUAUGAUACUUCUUUUGUCAUUGAAUAUAAUUAUAAAGAUUAUUCUUUUUUUUAAACGAUUGAGUGCGCCAAGGAAAAAGCAAAAAACAAUAUAAUAUCUUAAAUUCCAACCAACAAUAUCAUCAGUCUUUGAAUCAAAAGACUUAAAUUACUUAAAAAGUUCUUUAUAUUUGGGAAUCGAUCACACUACCUCUGCUUGGAUUUCCUCCCUCUUUUGUGCCUCAUAAUUUAAUGUGCUUGAAAAGCAGCCAAUAGGAGCGAAGGAGAAGCACUCCCCAUGCCAAUCGCCAGCUGGUCACCAGACCGUCCAGACCAAAAUAAACAUUUUGUGCAGCCAAAUGAUGUGGGCCAAAUUGUGUCGCCUUUGCGAGCGGCCAGCGGCCGACGGCGGCUAUCGGGCGGCCGAAUUAAAUUUGGAAAAGUUUUCUCAGUGGUGCUUGAACUAUUUGGGCACAACUUUGGCCGAAAAUGUCGAGGACGACGACCUGAUUUGCUAUUUCUGCGUUUGGGACGCAAGGUUUCUUUUUGAAAGUGAAAAAAAUUCGCAAAGUGAAAUUCUGGACGAAAUGAGGUGGUGGCCUGAAGAAGGGGCAAGCAAGGAAUUUAGUCUUCGAAAUUACUACAAAGCUGAAUACAUAAAGCAAUGCUGGGUGCCGCUGAUGAAAGUUCAAGAAAUUUCUUAUGCAUCAUCAUUUGACAAGAGCUUGGAUGAGACAAGCAUUGAGAAACCAGUGAAAAGAAAAAGAGGGAGAAAAUAUGCAGUUACUUCCAAAAGUGUGCAGUGUGUGUACUGCAAAAAACACUGUCACUUUCAUCAUAUUCCAAAGCACAUUCGAAUUAUGCAUGCAGAUAUUGCAAUCAGGUGUGAUUAUCUUCAAUGCAGUAAAUAUUUUCUUUCCGAGGAAGAAAAGUGUAAACAUAUACAAGAAUAUCACUUGAAACCUAAAGAGCAGGUACUACAUGACUGCUGUUAUUGCUCAAAACAAGCCUUGACAAGAUCAAGAUUGUACAAGCACGUCAGAUGGUGCCAUUCAGAAAUUGCCAUCAAGUGCCGUGUUGGGAGGUGUGGUGAUUUUUUUUAAACUAAAGCCGAUUUGGAAGUUCAUAUGAAUACAAAACACAAAGGUCUUGAAGAGUCAAAAAAGCACAAGUGCUCAAUCUGUGACUGCAAAUUUGAACAGAAAAUUGGACUUGCUAACCAUGAAGCCAAGAAGCACAAAAUUUCAAAGCACAUAUUUAAUUGUCCAAUGUGCCCUGCCAUUUUAAUUAGUAAAAGCAGUUUGUCUUUUCAUAUCAAAAUUAAACACAAGUUUAGGACAUGCCCUGCCUGUAAUUUGCAAAUUUCUGCAUUUUCGUAUUGCACACAUUUUGUGAAGGUUUCUUGUGGAAAAUGUGAAAGAACUUUUGAUUGCUUAGAGUUGUUAAAAAAACAUAAAAAAGAGUGCCGGGGUCUGCUUUUAAAGUGUGAUUUUUGUCCAAAUGUGUAUUUAAAAAAAUAUGUGCUAAGGUAUCACAUAAAUAGCCAUCUGGGACAUAUUGCUAAGGGUCUCCAGUUAAAAGAACGCAAAAUCUGUUGCAAGACUUGCUCAAAAUACUUUACUUCAAAACUGCUUUUAAAAAAACACACAAAAAGGAUGCACAAAACUACCAGGCACAAAUUCUCUUGUGCUCAUUGCCAAAAGUUGUAUCUUUGCAAGUCUCGUUUGCAAAAGCAUCUUGCUCGAAUUCACAACCUUAUCACAUUUAGCUACAGGUGCAAGCUUUGUUCCAGAAAAUUAAUUUUAAAAUCACAAUAUGAAGAACACAUAAAAUAUUGUAAAAUGGAAAAUUCCAAGAUGGUUGAGUGCACUGUAUGCAAGAAAAUAGUCCAAAACUACAACCUCCAAACUCACAUGAUUCGUAUGCAUGCUAUUCCUGACUUUCCUAACAAAUAAAGCACUAAGGAGCUGUGAGUUAGAGUGUUUGACGGGACCAAUUUUUGAAAAUUUUCCCGUCCCGUUCCCGAAUUUUUUUUAAACAAUUUCCCGAGUCUGGUCCCGUUCCCGGGAAAGCCUAAAACGAAUUCCCGGACCCGUCCCGAGUCCCGAUUCCUGCAAUCAGCUAUUAAUCGUCCAGUUUUCGUGGUAUGCAAAUAGCACUACCCGUAUGAACUGCGGGUAGCUUAAAUUAUAUCAAUACCUCAAAUUUUUAAAAAUAUUGUCUAUUGUCUUGAUUUCUUAAUUUAUUUAUGAUUAUGUAUAUUUCUUUAAAAGAAAGUGCGAACAGGAGGUUGCGAUUAGAAAAAUAUGCUAUUCAAAAACUUUUAAUUUUGACUUGGCUUGAAAAUUAUAAUUCAUUUGACAGAACAGGGAAUUGAAAACUGGUUUGUCUUUGCAACUAACUUCAAUUUACCAGUCCCGCGUCCCGUCCCGUUCCCGCUGCUCUUAAAGAAAACGGUGCCGGUCCCGCGGGAAACCCGCGGGGACCCGUCGGGACCAAGUCCCGUCAAACACUCUACUGUGAGUCAAUCUGACUAUAUUCAGGGAGUUGUGCAAAUUAAAAGUUUGGAUUAAAAAUAAUGAAAAGAUCAGCUAACAUUUAACAAUGUUUGAUUACAGAUUAUAAUUUGAUACAUUUUAUUUACUAUAGCCUUUUUCUCAAAUAUUGAGUCCUGAAAGUUAUUUUGAAUUUAAUUUAAUUUUAAAUAACUUUUUAGUAUGACUUAUGAUAUGCUUAUUUUUGUAAAAUAUUUGCAUG